AUGGAUGCCUCGGAUUAUGGUCUCUGCGCUCUUGAUCCUGCCGCCAAAGAAGCACUCACGCACGCGUUUACUGUACCAGAACGCCAAUUGAUCUUGGAGUUCAAUCGAGGUGUGCGCAACGGCUUCGAUAUCAACUACCGCGAGCUCCUUUCGUGCGCAUUUGCGGUCCACGCCUGGGGAACCCGAUGGUCCCAACAAUCCCUGAGCCACUCCAGGCCUCUUCAUGUGCACUUCCGCAUCGACAACGCUUCUGCGGUGGCAUGGCAGAACAAGCUGGCAUCGCGGAACCCCCGAGCCCAGGUUAUUAUCCGUCUUCUAAGUUGGUGGGAGACAUCGUUCCGACUCCGUUUUUCCGCGUCACACAUCGCCGGUAUCAACAAUGUUCGCGCUGACGCUGGCUCCCGCUCCCCCGCAGACCCAUCGUUUGCAGCGCUGUUCGCGUCACUAAACGCUGGCUGGUUACAGGUAUCUCCGCAGGUGGACGUCCAGGGCCUAACCAAUAUUUGGCAGCGUAUCUCCGAGCACACUCCGUUCCCGACUCCACCUUCGAUCAAUACUGGCGUGCACUAUCCAAGUGGCAAACCUGGACUUCGCGGCGAGUUCGGUUCUGGCUCCGGUGGUCCCAUUCGCAGUGAUUCUAUCAUGACGGUUCUUCAAGGCGUUCCGCAUUUCUUCGCGGCGAUGGGCUACGAGUUUCUGAUCUCACCCCCGCACACCCGUAUGCUGCUCAAAGGCAUCGGGCGCCUCGACCGUUCGCGUCUCCAGAAGGCACCAGCCUCUCUCGACCUCAUAGAGGCCUGCUUUCGGGGCAUGACCAUGUCUGAUCCCUUUGAGCAAGCUCUUCGGGGGGUCCUAUGCUUAGCGUUUUUCUUCUUGCUGAGGCGCUCCGAGAAUGUUGCAAUCAGCGGAGGAUCUUUCAAGUGGUUUGCCCUACGAGCUCAGGACAUCGUGACGGUAGAUGCCAACGGCAUUGAGACCCCUUUUCCGUCUGAGGCUCAUUCAGUGUGGAUUCGCUUGGUGGGAUCGAAGACAAACCAAGGCGGAGCCCCAAUUACGAGAAUGCUCUCGUGA